AUGUAUAAAGUUGUUUCCUCUCUGAGUGGCCGUGGUGCAGCUUUAACAGGACAGUUCUGCUGCUCCAAAUUUCACCUGGGAAGUGGUGAGUUACCAACAGUCUGUACAGGUGGAAUAUUUUGUCUAAUAUUCAUACUUGAUAUGAUUUGGGAGAAAUUUUCCUUUUGAAAAAUCUUAGCAUGUUGGUGGGAACUUAUGAGCUCAUGUGACUUUUGUCUAGAUCUAUUUUGCACAAAGAAUUAGAGGACAGCCUGUAUUUGUACAGUAUGCAUGAAGCUGGAACCAUAAGAUCAAGCUUAGCUGUUCACUUACACUGCAAUAGAAAUGGGUGCAUCACAUUGUGGAGCAUAUUCAUGACAAAAUCACUGUCUCAGGAAAAUGAUGCCGACUAACUGAAAAGAAACCAAAAUAUCAAAAUAAAUACUGUUGCCUUUUAUAUGUGCAGUCUACCUUAAAAAAUAAUAUUAGAUUUCUACAUUUGGAGAAAAUUUGAGGACAGUUGGAGGUGGUUCUGCUCACACCAUGUGACAAAGUUAUCCACCACAGUACUGUAUUCAGCCUCAUCACCCCUCCUGAUGCCUCUGAUGGUGGCAGGACUGUGUUGUAGUUGAAGUCUGUGGUGUAGAGGAUGGGAGACAGGACUGUCCCCUGAAGUACCCCAGUGCUGGUGAACACUCUGUUUGACACACAGUGUUGUAAGCAUAUAAACUGUGGAGAGGAGCUCCCACCUGCACCUGCAUUGCUGUCAGUUUCUCACCCAGAAAAGGUGUCUGACUGUUGGCCUCAGCUGUUCCAGGAUGAGUCUCUCUGGGGUUUUCAUGAUGUGAGACGUCAAAGCCACUGGUCUAUAGUCCAUGGAGCCACUGGGAUGAGGCAGGACGUCCUCCACAGCACAGGGACCCUUUAAAGACUCAGGUUUAUGGUGAAGACAGGGUGAAGUUCAUUUUGAUGAAAUACUUUGAAAUAUCAAGAAUGACAGGGGAACAUGUUUAUGCUUUGACUGUCACAGAUUAUCUAAGAUUUCAGCUCAAUUAAUGAGUAAACUACAGUAAAUUAUCUUUACACAUUAUGCUGUGUUUGCCAGUUCCUCCCCCUGUACUGUUGGUUCCCUUCUAUCAGUACUAUGAGAAAAAUAGGAAGUUAAAUUUUUUUGUCCAAUAUUACGCAGUGCAAAGUUAGAGUUUCAGUCAAAUAUUGACUGGAAAUGUCUGAAUAUCGUGAAAACAACAACAAUAAACAAGUACCAGAUUUCUAUGGAUAAGUAACCAAGAUCACAAAUCACUUCCUGUAUUUCCAAAUUUGUCCAAAAUAAAACUCUACCAACAAUCAUUAGCCAAGGGUUUUUAAAUCUAACAGUCAGUCUCGUUUAAGUAUAAAAAAUAAAUAAAUAACUUCUACAUCAGAAGAUUGAUCAUAUUUGAAAUUUCAGGGAAAAUGUCACAACAGAUAUGAAAUUGUACGGCUUUCAUAUGCAGCUCAUGGAGUUUCUAAAAAUAAAUCUUUACGUUUUAAAUUACUCAACAGGUUCAGUAUGUCAGAAACCAGCCUUCAAGAGCUUUCCAAGAAGUGACCAGAGUAAAAAAAAGAUGUUUCCUUGCUAAAAUAAUAUCUGUAGUCUACCUUAUCCCCUUCAGAUAGUUAACAUGAGAAUCAAAGUCAUUAUUUAGUGCUGUGUUAUGAGUUUUUCAAACCUCUUGUAUAGUUGGUCAUGUAACCAGUUACUUCAGUGGCCAAGAGUAAAACUUGUUCAAAACUUGUUCAAGUUCAAAACUUGCUUUUAAACUUAAGUUUCUUAAAUUUCUACCUAACACGAUUAAACUGCAAGUACACGUGUGUCCUUUUUUUACAACCAGGGGUAAACAUUCAGUUUAGUAUUGCAUAUUGCAUAAGGUGGGGUCUUAGGUGAGCAUAUUGAGGUUAAAGUGGCAGACAGCUUUUAGAUGGUUACUUGCAGGGAAAAACAAUAGUUUCUUGUAAAUUACAGCCUUAAUUUAAACUGCAAUCAUUUAACAGGUGCACUAUGUCAGAAAUCAGCCUUCAAAUACCCUCCAACAGGCCUUCCAGAGAUGCCCCCAUGCAAUUUUGAACCAGAAGAGUACAAGGUGAAGCAGUCUCUUCCUUUCAUUUGUCAUUAGUAGUGAUGACAAUAAUAAGUUCUUUAAACUAGUGAGUGAUUCAUGUUUCAUUUGUAUUUCUUUGUAGGGUAUGUCAAAAGAGCGGAUGAUGGAGAUUCGUCGGCUGAAUUGCAACCCCAUGACAAUGAAGGUUACCAGCUAUAAGAAACCAGUUUUCGUCCACCAGGGAUUCAUGCAGUGGCUGUGGGAUGUAGACGGGAAGCGAUAUUUGGAUUUGUUUGCUGGUGUGGCUACUGUCAGUGUGGGCCACUGCCACCCGUAAGGUCCUUGUUUCUUUGUGUUCUGAUGCAGAGCUAGCAAAAGAAAAAGUCAUUCCAGUUAUUCAGUGCUGUUCUUUUAUUGGAUAUAGGAAAGUGACAGCAGCAGCAGAGCAUCAGUUGAGGAGACUAUGGCAUACCACGAACAUCUACAUCUUUCCUACUCUUCAUGAGUACUGUGAGAAACUAGCCUCACACUUACCAGACCCUCUGAAGGUACCGAGGUGGUUUGUUUAAUUUCAGUCACUGGAUGGCAGUAGUUAAAGUAAAUUUAAGAGCUGAAAUUGAAAUAUCUGCUGGUUUGUUUCUCCCUGUCUAGGUUGUAUAUCUUACCAACAGCGGCUCAGAAGCCAAUGACUUGGCGAUGUUGAUGGCUCGGCUUCACACAGGCAACUUUGACAUCAUCACUUUCAGGUCUUUUUUGCUAGCUUGACAUUAUAAUAGGAAACAGAUAGUGUAAAAGUGAUAAAUGUGACUUUAUGAAAGGAUAAAGAUUUGAAGGGAUGGUUUUUGUAAUCCUCUACAAUCCAGAUGUCUUAAUUUUUUCUGAUUGUAAUAUUUUAUGUUUCAGGGGAUCAUACCAUGGUGGGAGUCUGCAGACCAUGGGACUUACUUCCAACGCAGCAUAUAAAUACCCCAUUGCCAAUGGCUUAGGCUGCACCAAUGUAUGUAUGGAAUAAUGUAUCAAAAUGCAAUCACAGACUUGUUUCAAACAGGGGAAUAUGUGUAAAGUAGGGAUGUAAAUCCGCAUAAAUGUGUGAAAAAUAAGCAUCUCCGAGCAGAAAGGGAAAGCUGUGUAGUAUUAACAAAAUAGGAUUCUUCAUGCUGGAUAUCUGAGAGACUGUAGCGGUCAGGUUGACCCAGCUGACUUGUUUUCUGCUCAAUUAACAGACCAUGUGUCCUGAUGUGUUCGGAGGUCCGUGGGGAGGAAGCCACUGCAGAGACUCUCCUGUGCAGACCAUCAGGGACUGUGGCUGUGCACAAGGUACACAAACAUACAAACGCAAAGCUGAACAUUCUUCUUUCCCUCUGGAGACCACAUAACUAUAUCUGGUCUCAGAGUGGUGGACAGUACCGCUUCUGGGAAGUGGAGCUUCCUCCCCAGGUCGACCUCCAUCUCCCAUCCUUGGGCCGACUGUAGGAGGUUUUGCUUGGUUUGGCCUUGGACGACAGGUCUGUUGCCCUCUUUUACAAAAGCAAUGUUACUCAGCUGUGGUUUUCUCUUGGCCGGAUAUUUCUUUCUCCUCUCUUGCUCCAAGAUGUCUGCGAGCAGUGCCAACACCUUGUCAUAGGGCCACCUAUAUCUCCCCUGGGUCAAUGCUGUUUUGCACCCUGAAAGAAUGUGCGCCAUAGUUCCUUUACCGCCACACAACCCACACAGAGGGUCCUCCCUCAUUCCCCACCUGUGCAAAUUGACUGGGGUCGGUACGAUGUCGUACACUGCUCGGAGCAGAAACGAGAUCCGAAAAGGCUCCAGCCUCCAGAGUUCACUCCAUGUGAUGGCCUCUUGGGAAGGUCCCACCUUGUCCAGGCACCUUGAGAUGCGAGCUCGAUGGCUUUAGCUCUUCUUACUUCCUCCUCAAGGUUUUGAACUUCGUCCUGGAUCAUGGUCCUCCUCUCCCUGGGAGUGGACUUUGACCACUGCUGGAAGUGUGAUGUUCCCAAGCCCUGUCUUCCAGUGCAGGGGUUACCAAUGGUUUCCUUGGUCCUGAGAGAAGCUUCUGCCUGGUGAACUGCAGUGCUGGCGGCCCACUUCCUGCCGGCACUUGUGGAUCAGUGCUGGAGAUGCUGUUUUUGUCUGUCAAGGAAUCAUCAUACCAUUUCCCAAGGCAUUUGAUAGGGUUUCCCUGGAUGUUCGGGAUCUCUUCCCCUUGAACAAGAAGCUUGAACCGUUCAGUUGUUUUGCCCUUCUGGGUCACCAAACUCCUUGAUUUCUUGGGCUUGAAGAACAUCUUCGCCCAAGUAGCCAUGCGAUCCAGUUCCGCCAAGAUCCAUCUUGCCUGCACGUGAGUUGGUGUUAUCACGGUAAGGUCAUCCAUGAAUGCCCUGAUUGCCGGUUGUUGACUUCCUGCUGCAGUCUUUGGUCCUCUUGACUUUGUAAUCGCUGCAGAAAUGAUCAGAUUCAUUCCCAUGACGAACAAGAUGGGAGAGAUGGUACACCCUGUUACUAUUCCCUUUUCCACUGGCUGCCACUGGCUGCAGAUCUUUCCACAAUUGCAUUUGACUUCCAAUGCUUCCCCAGUCAAGGUGGUUUGUUUGAGCCUUCUCUGUGUCUGAGUCACUGUCCUGGUCGUUGCCGUUGAAUCUGUCCUAGCGAGUCUCUCAUCCUCCCCCCCUCUCGGGAGACUCUGGGGGUAUUGCUCAUUUGUACGUUCUGUAGCUUGCUUGGUGCCCUCUUACGAGUGCUGCAACUGGGGUUGCCGGCCCCUGUUACCCCGCCAGUCUUUCCUGGAGGUCAGCUGUCUUUCCAGCGUCACCAACCUUCUUUGGUUGCCAUCCAGACUCUCCUGGAAGUCACUGGUUUCCCAGGGAGUUCAGUUCUUAAAUACAUCAACGAUGCGAUUAUAAUCCAUUUCUUAAUGGAUAAAGCCUUGGCCUGGAUAAGAGGUCAUCAGGUGGUCUCCAACCAUCAUGGGGUGUUUCGACCCUUAACCACAACACCCUCAAGUUGGCGGGUCCGCAGUGACUGGCCAGGUCACUGCGCCUCUCGUCCAGGCUUCCAGCUAUUGUAGUGUAGAGAAACACAUUCUUGUGUUUAAUGAUACUUCAAAGACCUCUGCUUUGGUGGAAAUAGACAUGAGCUUGUAAUGAGAAACUAUUCAAAAGCUACAUUAAUAAAUUUCCCUAAAAGUCAACAUUGUGGAAAAAAGUCAGUUGUUACACUAAGAAUAAGUUUUGAAUGUUGAAUAUUUUCCUUUUCCGACCUAUCAUUACAUAACUACCUUGCUGCUGUAGAUAAUGGAAGAAAAUUGAGUCAAAGUCAAUAAUGUGACAAUCUCUCAAAAGAAGAAUGUCUCAAUUUAAAGCUUCUGUAGAAAUGAUUAGAUUAGAAAUUUUCCAAUUGAAUCAACUUGUUAAAGUAUGUUAUUUUAACAUAGACGGUUGCUCUUUGUUGAAUCCACAGAUCAGUGCAUGGCUCACGAUCAAUACAUCGGGCAGCUCAAGGAGACUUUUGCUACAAGUGUCCCGAGUCAAAUCGCUGCUUUCUUUGGAGAGCCGAUUCAGGUAAUGUCUUGUUGUUAAUUGUUACAAGUAACAUAGUGUAAAUGUAAAAAUAUUACUGAAUUUAAUUCUUUUGUAAGGUGUUGCUUUACCAUGUUUAAAACUGACUGACUAGUUUCGUCAUGUUCAGAGUGAGACUUUGUCAAAGUGGUCGUGUCAUUUGUCUUUAUUUUGUUUGUGCAGGGUGUCGGAGGAGCUGUGCAGUAUCCUAAAAACUAUCUCAAAGAGGCCUACAAACUUGUGAGGGAAAGAGGAGGGGUCUGCAUUGCUGAUGAGGUUAGGUAUUGUUGCUUUCUUUGCCGGUCACAGGAGAUGUGUCACAAUAUUACUGGUCUUAUUCUAAACCUGCACAACCUGCCUUUUGGUUUUUGCUCGCUAAGAGCAGAUGGGUGUACUGGGGAGCAACACUAAGUGGUUUUCACUGACUUGAAGCUAGCUCUCUUUUGACAUAGCUACAUAAGUAUGGUAGCUUGUUAUGCUAAUUCAGUUACCUAGACUGGGUUAAAUUCAGAGUUUUAGCUGCAGAUUCUGUCCUUUCAGAAAGUCUGAGCUGUUUGAUGCUCAGUUGAGGCAAAAUGUGUCUAAAAACAUGUUGAACCCUGAUGUUACGUAAGUAAAGCCACAGCACUUUAAGCCAGACAAUUACAGUUAUACAACUUUCAUUAAAAAAGCUGCCUUUACCUAACAGGGAUGGUGAAAGACUUAAGACCAAAAACAAUAAGGUAAAAAAUGCUAAAAUGGACUGCCAAAGUGCCUUUAAGCAUUCUAAGAGAACUGCUUUCUUUGUUUAUCAUGACAUUUUAAUUUUGAAUAUGUAGAGAGAUUGACCUGUUUUGACCUGGACAGGUUCAAACUGGAUUUGGUCGCACAGGAACUCACUUCUGGGGUUUCCAAGGUCAUGAUGUCAUCCCUGAUAUGGUUACCAUGGCAAAGGGCAUUGGUAAUGGGUUCCCAAUGGGAGCUGUUGUGACAACUCCAGGUAAGAUAACGUAUUCAAGGAAAAUUCCUCUUUAUUGCAUAUUUUUCCUUCUGCUCAGGAUUUGAACGUAGAAUUCAUCAUGUUUGAUUAGAGAUCCAUGGUCUCAAUCUCAUCAACAUAACAUUACAGCAGAUCUGUGAAAGCUCUACAAAAAUCAGUCCUGCUCAGAGAAAAAUACAGGCACUCCUGAGCUUCACCUCUGUUCCUUAUGCUGUGACAUGUGUUUCCAGAAAUUGCUGCCUCAUUUGCCAAAGGGGUUCAUUUCAACACCUUUGGGGGAAACCCUGUGGCUUGUGCUGUUGCUUCAUCAGUGCUUGAUGUAAGAAUAUUUUGUUUUAUUGGGAGGUAGUUUAUUUACAUUCUCACAUGUCUGUAAACUAACGCCAGAGCUGCAAAUGUAAACGUAGUAAUCAUAGAGGCUCAUGAAUGACAUCUGAAACCAUGUUAAAGUUGUUCUUUGACUCUACAGACUAUCAAAGAGGAUGGUACGCAGCAGAUCAGUCUCAAUGUGGGGACCUAUCUGAUGAUGGAAAUGGCCAAACUCAGAGACAAGUACGAGAUUAUUGGCGAUGUCCGUGGGAAAGGACUGCAGAUUGGAGUGGAAAUGGUCAAAGACAAGGUAUUGAGUUUGUCGCAGAAGUAACACUAACAACCCCUCACAUGCUUGAACAACUUGUGUGUAUGUGUUUGUUUGUUUGUGUGUGUGUGGUUGUGUGUCUGUGCUGUGUCCCUUGGGGUCAUGGUCUAGUGAUGCACCAGUUAACCAUUAGCUGAAGCAGCAGUGACUGUCUGUGUUUAGGUUCUGAAAGAUCCCAGCUGCAGUAAAAGUACGACUGAGUGUAGCCCUGAAUGUUUUUUUGUUAACAAGAGGAUGUUGUUUGGGAAAAAGGCCAGCAAAUGGAAAAACACACACUGUAACUUUAAUAAAAGAGGGGGAAAAAGAAAGGAAAAUGUAUCAUCUUGAGUUUUGUCAACUUUUAAACAACCCAUUUUUCAACUGCAGCAGUGCUGUUUGGGAAACAACUAGCUGUGCCAGUGUCACUAAUGUUUGGCAUCUUUUAAGGGUUUGUUGCAUAUUUCUUUACUGUAUAACUUUUGACUUUUACAGUUUGAUCUGAAACGUCAUUAAAACAGUGACACUGUAGGUAAUCCUCCACUGGGAUUUGAUUUUGGUUAGUCUUAAACCACUCCAAAAAAUGUCUAAAAACAUCCUCUUUAAGUUGUUAAGCAUUAAAAAGAAAGAUUUAACAAACAGCUUGUCGACUUUUCCACCAUUUCCACUCACCUCUGCAAUGUUCUGUGCAUCAUCUCUGUCAUUCUCAGGCCAGCAGAGACCCUCUGCCUCCCGAGAGCAUAGCUGAGAUCUUUGAGGACAUCAAGGACAUGGGAGUAUUAAUAGGAAAAGGAGGAGUAUAUGGACAGGUAACCACAUUCACCUGGAAGCUUUCAUGGUAGCCUAGAGUGUAAAGAUAGUACUUUUUAGUAUAUUUAAAUAAUUUCAUCGAUAAGGGUAGACAUAGUUUCACCUUGGAGCCCAUUUAGCAAUCAUCAUGGGUUACACAGUAGUUUUUGUAUUUAGAAAGAAACAUUUUGGUGUGCAGCAGUAGCAGGAACCAGACAGUGACUCCUUAGGGUGCUCUUACCAGCUUUGAAAGGUAAAAUUUCACUGCAUUUAUUUCAUGUUUUUACCUUGAGUAAAACAGAAGAAAAUUAUUGAAUGUAGGAUUAGUGGAAAAGCUGAAAAAUGUCUUAAGAUUUUUACCCCAAAUAAAAUGAAUGUUCUGCUGUUGAACACAUGUUCCUGAAAAGUUACUGUGCUUUCAUCAGUCUCAGAAAAAAAGUGCCUGACUCAUUGAGGUUUAAUUUGGGUGAUUUAGCACACCAUAAUCUUUCCUCAUGUUUUUUUUUUUUCUCCCUACUCAAGACUUUCCACAUCAAACCCCCCAUGUGCAUCACGAUGGAAGACGCAGAUUUCUUUCUGGCAGUUUUUAACAAGGCCAUCCACAACUACAUGGAAAGAAGAUAG